GCCGCGGGUUCGAGGCUCCGCUCCGCUGCCCGCUCGCCAUGGCCCGGCGGAGCGCGCUCUCCAUCCGCAUCGUGGAGGGGAAGAACCUGCCUGCCAAGGACAUCACGGGGAGCAGUGACCCCUACUGCAUCGUGAAGAUUGAUGAUGAAGCCAUCAUCAGGACUGCCACAGUGUGGAAGACACUGUCCCCGUUCUGGGGGGAGGAGUACGAGGUGCACCUCCAGCCCACCUUUCACAGUGUCUCCAUCUAUGUCUUGGAUGAGGAUGCUCUCAGCCGUGACGACGUUAUCGGGAAGGUCUGCAUCACCCGGGAGAUGCUGGCAGAGCACCCCAAGGGCUACAGUGGCUGGAUGAGCCUGAGCGAGGUGGACCCUGAUGAGGAGGUGCAGGGCGAGAUCCACCUGCGGGUGGAGGUCCAGGGCAACCAGGGUGGCCGGCGGCUGCUGUGCUGCACUGUGCUGGAGGCCAGGGAUUUGGCCAGGAAGGACCGGAACGGCGCCUCCGACCCCUUCGUCCGCUUGCGCUACAACGGGAGGGUGCAGGAGAGCCCCGUCAUCAAGAAGUCCUGCUACCCCCGCUGGAACGAGACCUUCGAGUUCGAGCUGGCCGAGCCUGCUGGGGAGAAGCUGUGCGUGGAGGUGUGGGACUGGGACCUCGUGGGAAGGAAUGACUUCCUGGGCAAGGUGGUGUUCAGUGUCCCCGGGCUGGAGGCAGCUGGGCAGGAGGAGGGCUGGUUCAGGCUACAGCCAGAGAAGUCCAAGCCAAGGGAGGAUGAGCGCCGGGGCAGCCUGGGCUCCCUCCAGCUGCAGGUGAGGCUGAGGGAUGAGACGGUGCUGCCCUCCCACUGCUACCAGCCCCUGGUCCAGCUCCUGUGCCAGGAGGUGAAGUCGGGGCGCCAGGAUGGCCAAGUGCACCUGGUCACCCUCCUGGAUGAAACCACCACGGCCGAGUGCCGGCAGGAGGUCGCCAUCAACUUGGUCAAACUCUUCCUGGGUCAAGGGUUGGUCAAGGAGUUCCUGGACCUGGUCUUCGAGCUAGAGCUGGCCAAGCCCUGUAAGGCUGGAGUGGGGAGCAGAGCCAGAGGUGAGCCCAACACUUUGUUCCGGAGCAACUCCCUGGCCUCGAAGUCUAUGGAGUCCUUCCUCAAGGUGACAGGGAUGCCAUACCUGCACACCGUGCUGGGACCCACCAUCACCCGGGUGUUUGAGGAGAAGAAGUACGUGGAGCUGGACCCCAGCAAGGUGGAGAUCAAAGACGUCGGGUGCUCGGGGCUGCACCGGGUGCAGACGGAGGGCGAGGUGAUCGAGCAGGGCCGCCAGCACCUCCAGUCCUACCUGGGGGAGCUGCUGGACACCAUCGUCAAGUCGGCCCCAGCGUGUCCCCCCAUCAUCCGCGCCGCUUUCCGGCGCCUCUUCCAGCGCGUCGGGGAGCGCUUCCCCCAGCACCAGCACACCAAGUUCGUGGCCGUCACCAGCUUCCUCUGCCUCCGCUUCUUCUCGCCGGCCAUCAUGACCCCCAAGCUCUUCCACCUGAGGGACGCCCACGCUGACGCGCGCACCAGCCGCACGCUGCUGCUGCUGGCCAAGGCCAUCCAGCUGGUGGGCAACAUGGAGCCGGCGGCCGGGCGGGCCAAAGAGACCUGGUUGUCCCCGUUGCUGCCGGCCCUGCAGCAAGGCAUCGGCCGGAUGAAAGGCUUCAUCACCCAGCUGGUGGGGAUGGAGGAGAAGGAGGAGGGGGAGGAAGGCGAGGGGUGGCCGCCGGGCCCCUCCAGGGCGGUGGUGAAGGAGGGGCCGCUCUUUGUCCACAAGGCGCGGGGCAAGGGGCCCCUGCUGGCCGCUGCCGCCAAGAAGCUCCACUUCUGCCUCACCGGGGAGGUCCUCAGCUUCAGCAAGAGCCCCAGCACUGAGCCUCUCGGCGCCAUCGCCCUGGGCGCCAUCCUGGCGGCCGAGAAGGUGGAGGAGAAGAGCUUCGGCAGCUCCCACGUCAUGCAGGUGGUCUACGUGGGAGCAGGCGGGCAGCAGGAGACAGCCUACCUCCAGUGCAAGUGCGUCAACGAGCUGAACCAGUGGCUGUCAGCCCUGCGCAAGGUGUGCGGCAGCAACCCCCGCGUCCUCCGCACCUACCACCCCGGCGUCUUCCGCGGGGACAAGUGGAGCUGCUGCCACCAGAAAGAGAGGACAGGUCUGGGCUGCGACCGGACCCGACACGGUGUCACCCUGCAGGGCUGGAGUGACCCCCUGGACCCCGCGGCUGAGGCACAGCGGCUGUUCCAGCACCUCCAGGGCCUCCAAGGGACCUUCAGGGAGAAGUACUGGGAGCUACUGGAGCCAGAGGCUGCCCCGAGGGACCUCCAGGGUGAAGGUGCCCCCUUGCCUGAGGGGCUGAGCAGGCUCUUCAGGGUGCUGGGGGACCUGGAGAGCUGCCACCGGCGGGCACAGCCCCCAGCCCCCCCGGCCCCUGCCCUGCUGCAGCUGCAGGCGUGAGGGCCCCGAGCCCCCCAGCCCUGGCCUGGGGUCCCCUCCCCGCAGCCCCCGCAGCGCUGGCAAUAAAAGCACCUGGUGUCCUGCA